AGAAGUACUAGGAGCUGGUUUUACCGAAGAAGUGUGUGUGUGUCCGGUAAUUACACAAACACUCAUUUUGAAUUCACAUCUCUACCUUUAUACAAGAUGUCCUUACCCUUACCUGUAGUGAUAUUUAUCUGUCUAUAUUGUGUAGAUGUGAGUUGCUGAGUGUUGGAGAUGUUGGCCGUAGAGGUGUCUGCCUUCUAUAAUAAUGGAACUAUAUUGGAGAGAGGGCAGACAUCUCUACGGCUGAAACAGCACUACAUGUAAGAGGAAAAUAUGUAUUUUUGAUGUUGGGGUGAUCUGUCACUUAUGGACAUUAUAUAUAAAUUGAACAUAAUUAUUUUGUUUUAUUCUGUCUUUAUGUGCUGCUUAUAAUAAUUAUCACUCUUAGUGUAAACUUUGACAACAUUGAUACAGUGGCUGAAAUUAUGCAGUUAGUUAACAAGUGCAAACAUAGCUUUUGUGACAUACUGUACUAUGCACUGCACUAUGAUUUGCUGAUUGAUGGAUCCAAUGUUGAGCAGCUGACAAUAUGGCUAUCUUUUUUCCACCAAACCUGCAGAACCUUCUUUCCUGCAACUUCUUUUGGACGUCCUCCACAGUCUUGUAGCACAUUUCUCAUCAGGAUGCCCUGGUUCCCCAGCACCUGACGUAACCUUUGUUCACACGGACGACGUUCGAGCCAGUAUGACUCUUGCGCCUUCACUCAUCCUGAGGGAGCCGGACCGGAGUGAGGACGAACAUCUUCUGGUGUCAGAAGUGACCAAUCGAUGAUGAGCAGCAUCAGACGAGGUCCCGUGAAAAUGCAGAAGAUGUUAAUUGAGUUGAUGGUGCUGGUGGGAGUCAUUGGUUUGAGUUAUGGUGCUGUUCAGAGACCAGACUAUGACGAUACACCCAACCCAGAGUUCCUCAAUCCGUCCUGGAUGACCAGCAUCCCCGAUGAUCAGCCGCUGUCUGAGGUCACCAUGCCUGGGACCCACAACACCAUGGCCCUGUACGGCGGUGUGUAUGCCGAGUGCCAGACCUGGAGCCUGGCCUCCCAGCUCCGAGCCGGCGUUCGCUUUCUGGACGUCCGUGUCCGUCACGUCAAGGGGAACCUCACCAUCCAUCAUGGAGUAUCCUAUCAGCGGGCACACUUUGGCCACGUACUGGAGGGUGUGGCUGACUUUCUUAGUGAGUAUCCCAGUGAGACAGUGCUGAUGCGGGUGAAGGAGGAGUUCAGUGAGACGUACGACAUCUACGGUGCUGUGGUAGACUACGUCCAUCGUUACGCUCACUGGGACCUGCUGUGGCACAGCCGGCUCGUGCCGACCAUGGGAGAGGCCCGAGGGAAACUCAUUGUCCUGCAAGACUUUCCUGGACCAGACCUGGGGAUGCGCUAUGGCUCCCUGGACAUAGCUGAUGACUGGAGGGUACCCACACUUCUGCAUGUGGAGGAGAAAUGGCAGAGCGUCUAUGAGCACCUGGAGGCUGCACCUGCUGGAAACAAGGCCCAGAUUUUCCUCACCUACAGCAGUGGAGCUGGUGUGUUCGCAUACCCCAGAGCCGUCGCUCAGCGCGUCAACACACAGCUGUAUGACUACCUGAGGGCCAAGACGGACCUGAACCAGCGCCUUGGAAUUGUAUGCAUGGACUUCCCUGCUGCUCCCAUUAUGCAACUAAUCAUUGACUUCCAACUGAGAGAGAAUCCAAAGAGAAAACAGGUCUUUAACGCAGCACCUAGCAAGGCAAGUUUGAAAUAUACAAUUUCCAAACUGAGAAGGGAGAUGAUCAAACAUUUUACUGUUAAUGUCUGAGCCAAAAUCAAGCACGAGGGAACAGUAGACUAGUCAAUGACUGUACAUUCAAUAAGGCAUCACUAUGGACACCACAUACGACACUUGUAGCUCAGAUUUAAUAGGUAGGCCUAACUUUACUCCUUUACAGUAAUGAAUAUGAUUUAAAUUAUACCUCAGAUGAAACUUGUUGUGUCAUUCAGCAGAGACACUGGAAACAAAAUAAAUGUCCCAUAAAAAUAAAUCAGACAGAUCAGAAAUGGCAAUAUGUAAAGUUUUGUGCAGUAAUAAACUGCUGUCGAAACUGCUGAAAUGCAUCAUAGUUUGUUUUUAAAACUAAUGUGCAGUAUAGUUUUGUCGUCAUUUCAUUUUCCAUCUUGUCCUUACAAGGUUUUCAGCAGCCUUGACAUCUGUGCAGCUUUUUUUAAUAAUAAAAUGUGUAAGUGUAAAAGGAUGUGCAUAAAAUCCAAGGAUGCAGACAAAAAAAUCCAAAGAAUAAUUUUUAGAAAUGACAAAAUAAUAAUAAUUUUUGUGUCAGGUCAUUUGGUAACUGUGGUAAAGCCACAAUAAGCUGACUUUUACUCCACUCCACCUGGGGAAAAGAACACAGGUCAACAGAUGAUACAGAUGUUUGCCAGGUUUUGUGGCUCUGUGUCUCUUUGAAUCACCAUCAGGAGUUAUGUUUGAGACAGUCCCGAUGUGAGCAGUCAUGUUUCAUCGUCACAAGGUGGCAGUGCUGCUGCCACACAAACAUGUUAUUCUGGCUCUUUGGUGUGUGUGUGUGU